AUGGAGAGAAUGAUUCUAAACCGGCCCUAUUGGCUAAUCGAGGCUCCUCCUUCUGACCUCUUACCCAACAACCAAUUUGGCUUCAGGAAAUUUCGAUUCUGUCAAGAUAACCUCACAGCCCUAGCUGCCAGCAUUCACUUGGGCUUUCUAAAUAAGCAAGCAACGGUAGCGGUUUUCGUCGACAUUAAGUCGGCUUUCGACAAUGUUCUACCUCAAAUUCUUUUACAAGAUCUUCGAGAUUUAGACUUCCCUCCGCUUUUAUUAUCUUUCAUUUCCAACCUCAUUUCCCAUCGUACAGUUCAAUUUAUUAGCCAGGGCACUAUCUCUGAGCCUAGAACCUCGUUUAAAGGCACUCCACAAGGGUCUGUUCUUAGCCCUACGCUCUUCAACCUCUAUUUAAGAGGUGUAAAUGACGCGCUUCAUCCGGACACUGAACUCCUUCAAUUUGCCGACGAUAUCGUUAUUUUCUCUUCAUCAAAAGAUACCAGGUCGACAUUACAAUCUGUUGAACUUUCCCUUCAGGGACUGGAAGUCUUUCUGCAAGAGUGCGGCCUUGAGAUCUCACGGCCUAAAACGCGGCUCAUGAUCUUCUCUAAUAAGAGGUCUACAACGCAUAUGAACUGCUCUAUCUCUUUCCAGAAUCAGCACAUUUUACCCUCUCCUACUGUUCGCUUCCUCGGCGUGCUACUGGAUCCUAGGCUGUCUGGCCAGGCUCAUAUGUCAUUCAUCAUCGAUAAAGGCAGACGCACACUCCAGAUAAUUCAAGCUCUUAGAGACUCUAAGAGCGUUCUCGAGGCUGUUAAGAGUUACAAAAACCCUUCCAAUAAUUACCUUAUCCCACUCAUCAAAUCUGUAGUGGAGGAGGCCGAAUCUAAGGGCAUCGAAAUUUAUUUUAUUUGGAUCCCUUCACACAGAGGUGUCGAGGGCAACGAAAAAGCCGACCAGCUCGCCAAGCGCGCUAUUCGUCAAGGUAUUGAACCGAAUUUUAAAGUACCUUAUUCAGACCUGUGCGCGGUCAUCAAACAAAAUAUCACGGACAGUGCUUACCAUUAUCUUGAGUCACAGGCGGAUAUCAAAGGCUCUUAUUUUUUUUCAACAUUUUUGCGAGGUCCGCUAAACCCUGGUAUUACCGUAUGA